AUCAGAGCACUAAAGUUUGAGGCUAUUUUUGGUGGACUGCCAUGUUAGCAUCCCAAACCUGACGAGGAUAGCAUUUGUGGAUUUGUUUAUUGCAAGAAAAUAGAGCAUAGGGUUUCCAAGCUCUGUCGUGGGUUUAAGCAUUUGAUCGCAGGGAAGAAGAAGGGGAAGGAACCCAGUCGAGAGUAGAGUACGCAGAGUUCCACCUCAAAUUUCUCCAUUCCAUUCUUUGUCAAUCUUGCAUUACAGUCUCCCUCCCGCUUCAUUCUACUUCUGUAUACACCCUUUCUGUUCAAGACCCAUAGCCAGCCAUGAGAGCCAGAUUGGUUGUGUUCCCGCUUCGUGGAAGGAACUGGUGCUUCUCCAGAUCUCUCGACCCUUCCCUUAAUCACCAUUCCUCUUCAUCCGCCUCCCCUUCUACUAUCCGGGAUCUCUGGCGCAGCAUCACUUCCUCUGGCUCCUCCGCCCCUCACAAUGCCCAGCUCGUUGUCGAUUUCAUCGCUAACAAGAUGAACAGAGCUUGGAUGGGUAUGGAGAAAUCGCCCGAGGGCACUCUCAAGAAGAAGAUUCACGGGGUAGGUUUGAAGCUACUGGCGCGGGUUAAGCCGUCGGAGAUUUUCUUGAAGUCCAUAUCCAGGGACGUCACCGAUGUUGAAAUAGUAUACCCCGUCAGUUUAAAUGCACGGCUUGUGCGACGAAGAUUGCGCCAUAUUGCAAUUAGAGGAGCUUCCAUCCACAAGAAAUACUUCUAUGGUUCAGUAACAUUACUUCCACUGACAUCUGCGUUGAGUGUUUUACCUCUGCCCAAUAUACCAUUCUUUUGGGUCUUAUUUCGAACUUAUUCUCAUUGGCGAGCGCUGCAGGGAAGUGAGACACUCCUUAAGCUGGUGUCUGAUCACUCAUGGUCUGAAAAAUGUGCGGAUCAAAAUGGUGGACAAGGUCAAACUGAGAAGGGGGACGACAGCUCCAAGGAUAAAGCCCCUUCUUCACAAGGUUCUCCAUGGGUGUUGCAGCCAUCAAGGGAACUUCAGGAGAUCAUCGUCGGGCAACCUGAAGAUAAUGAUGUUAGCGAAACUGCGAUCGCUAGUGUUUGCGAGAUGUAUGGGCUAGAUGCCAAAGAUGUGUUGAAGUUUAAGAAUAACAUGUAAUGUAGGCUGGUAGUGUUUACUUUAAUGUGCCUUGUCUGUUCUUGUAUAUCUGCGGGCAUCAUUUGGUCUUAAGUGAUUGUAGUAGAUUACGUAGGCUUUUAUAGAUGAGAUCAUGAGAAGCAGAGCAACAUUCAAUUCUUGUUUUGUUUACUUCGACCAGCACAAAGCAAGCAAAGUAGGAAGAGGGGUUUUGUUUUGGGACGAAUGCUCCCUUCCCUGGCUACCACUUUAUCGACAUUCUUUUAAGACCACUUGUCACUUUCGUUGAUACAAUGAAAAGAGCUACCAAAAAGCCAGAAUGAGAUGCAUCUUAGAAACAUUUGGCCAUUCCCAAGAGGACUUGUCCUCACAUCUGAAGUAAUUUUCAAGAAACAAUAUUCUGGGAAUAAUGUAUCUUGGA